UCCGUUUACGCCUGUGCUGGGUUUGGGCACCUCUGCUCCAUAGCGAAGAGCGAAAGGCACGGCCGCCGCCACGCACCACCCCCCUGCCGCCGACACGCUGUAGGUCCGCCGCCGGCAACAUUGAAGGGGCACCACAGCACACAAAGCAGAGAGUAAUGGCGUCAACCACCAUAUCGUCCUGCGCAUAUCAGGCGGUGCAAGGCGCGCACCGAUUGAAGAUCUGUCAGUUUAGUCACGGGAUUGUUGGCAUGGACGUCAAUGCUGAUGGUUUCAUCCGCUCCAGCACCUUCAGGGUUGGGGGAUUCGACUGGGCUAUCUUGUACUACCCAGAGGGUUAUGGCGACGACAGUGAGGGAUUCAUAUCAGUUUUUGUUGAGUUCAUGAGCAAGUAUGGGCAGGCGCCAGCGGUCGUCGACAUAAGACUGAUUGAUCAAGUCACUGGAAAGCCCAAAUCGUUAUUGUCAAGUGUAUUCUUUGAAUUGGAUGAGGAGCCGUUUCGAUUCAAGUCUGACAGCUUCGCAGAGGCUACCUGGGGUAAGGAGAGGUGUAUAAGAAGGGAGGCGUUGGAGGAUUCAGUGUAUGUCCGAGAUGACUGCCUUGUGAUUGAAUGUGUCAUCACUGUCUUAGGCCAAUUAAGGGUGUCUGAAACCAAACCAUUGUGUGAAAUUGAUGUGCCUCCCCCUAACGCACUACAGCAUUUUCGCAAGAUGUUGGAGGAUACGUCCGCAGCAGAUGUGACCUUCGACGUUCAACAAGAAACAUUUGCUGCCCACAGGGCGGUGCUUGCUGCGCGGUCACCUGUCUUCCGGAAGCAGUUCGGCGAACCCAUGAAGGAGAAGAAGAUGAGCCGCAUAACCAUCAACUCUGUGGAACCAGCGGUUUUCAAGGCUCUCCUCCAUUUCAUUUACACCGAUUCCUUGCCUGUGAUGGAUGAUUUCAGUAGAGCUGAAAGCAAUGCUGUUUUCCAGCAUCUACUUGCAGCUGCGGAUCAAUAUGGUUUAGAGAGGUUGAAGCUUAUGUGUGCACGCACCUUGGUUAUGAACCUUAAUGUGGAGAAUGUGGCUAGUGCACUAUGGCUAGCUGAUAAGUACAAUUGCCAGAAGCUUAAAGAAGCUUGCGUCAAUUUUAUGGCCCCUUCCAACAGAGUCGAUGCUGUGGUGGCAAGCCAAGGGUACCAGCUUCUGAAAAGAGGUUCUCCUUCUCCAUUAGCAGAUGUGUGGGAGAAGAGGAGCCGUGCUCGCCAAAGCUUUCUUUAGAGCAGAUCCAAAAGCUACAAUGCUAGACUAUGAGUGCUUCUGUCAGCAGAAUGACUGGUAUGAUGAAAGCAGUUCCACCAAAAUUUAUUAUGCGUAUCUAGAUCCUAUGCUUUGAGAAAUCAUCUAAGCAGUCCCUGGUAACUCUUUAGCUUUUUCGGAGAAACUAUUAAUGUCAUGUUGGUCAUGUAUGUGUAGCUGUGAAAUGUUGAUCUUUAGAUGCAUUCCUGGGUCAAUUUAGCGGAUAUGCUCCAGCAAGUAUGUUCCGAAUGAUGUGUGAUCUGUUGAUCUGCAGCUUGUUUUGAUUUGGUC